CACAUAACAGCCACUGCAAAUAAAUAAAUAAAUAGAGAACAAAACUGUUUCUACAUUUUCCUUACCGAGAAAAGAAAAAAAAAAAAAGCUAAAUUUUGCUUUAUUCGAAAGCAUUUGUGUCUCUUAGAUUAUGCCAACUACAAUGGCCACAUUAAACCAUAACUCCUUGAACCGCCUUUUGUCAGAGGAAGAGUUGUAUCAAUUCCCUCAUUGGUAUUCACCCGAAACAGGCAUCAGCAAUAGUAGACACCCCUCUAGAAACCUCCCGUCAGACCCUUUUCUUGAUGUUGUUUCUUUCAUCUUCUCAGACCAGCAUAAUGGGGUUUCAGCUCUCAUUGAUUCUUCAACUGGGUCUUCAAUAUCUUACUGCCAACUCUACCGGUUGGUCCAGUCUAUGGCCUCUGGUCUUCAUUCUAUUGGUAUCUCCAAAAACGAUGUCGUUUUGGUUAUGCUACCAAACUCCAUUUACUAUCCUGUUAUCCUGCUUGGAAUCUUGUAUUUGGGUGGUAUUGUCACAACAAUGAACCCUCUUAGCAGUGUGACUGAAAUCAAGAAACAAGUUACUGAUUCCAAGGCUUGUCUUGGUUUUACUUUGCCUGGGAAAGUCGAAUUGUUGCAUGUGUUGGGAGUUACUCCAAUUGAGGUACCUGAAAAUUUGAACUUGGAUUUGAAGUCGAAUCGCUUUUCAUCUUUUUUUAAGCUUAUUUCAGGUGAAUUUGAUUUGGUUCGAAGGCCAUUGAUUAAGCAGCAAGAUGCAGCUGCAAUUAUGUAUUCUUCGGGUACCACAGGUGCGAGCAAAGGUGUUGUAUUAACUCAUAGAAAUUUCAUAGCCAUGGUUGAGCUUUUUGUGAAGUUUGAGGCUUCACAAUAUGAAUAUUCAAGUUUGAAGAAUGUGUAUAUAGCUAUUCUGCCAAUGUUUCAUAUAUAUGGGCUGUCUCUUUUUGUAAUGGGACUUUUGUCUUUGGGUUCCUCCAUUGUUGUUAUGAGGAAAUUUGAUAUCAACGAGGUGGUCAAGUCCAUAGAUAGAUUUGAGGUGACACACUUCCCUCUUGUCCCACCAAUAUUAACAGCCUUGACAAAGACUGCGAAGAAUGUUCACGGAAAAAAAUUUCAGAGUUUGAAGCAGGUUUCGAGUGGGGCAGCUCCUUUAAGCAGAAAACUCAUAGAGGAUUUUGUGGAGACCUUUCCUCAUGUUGAUUUCAUUCAGGGGUAUGGCAUGACUGAAUCGACUGCAGUUGGGACCCGUGGCUUCAAUACUAAGAAGUUUCAUAAUUUUUCUUCAAUAGGACUUUUGGCACCCAAUAUGGAAGCCAAAGUGGUGGAUUGGACUACUGGGUCCUUCUUGCCUCCUGGUAGUAGUGGUGAACUUUGGUUAAGGGGACCAGCAGUUAUGAAAGGAUACUUGAAUAACGCCACAGCGACUAUGUCCACAGUAGAUAAAGAUGGUUGGCUGCAUACUGGAGAUAUUGUUUAUUUUGACCAAGAUGGAUUUUUUCAUAUAAUUGAUCGGCUAAAAGAGAUUAUCAAAUACAAGGGCUAUCAGAUUGCUCCUGCGGAUUUGGAGGCUGUGUUAAUUUCCCACCCUGAGAUACUUGAUGUUGCUGUUGCCGCUGCCAAAGAUGAAGAAUGUGGAGAGAUACCAGUGGCGUUCGUGGUUAGGACGCAUGGAAGCUCGCUCUCUCAAGAAGCUGUUAUGGACUAUGUCGCCGGACAGGUUGCACCCUACAAGAAAAUCAGAAAGGUGGUGUUUACACAUUCAAUUCCAAAAUCUGCAGCUGGGAAGAUCCUCCGGAGGGAACUUGGGAAGCUUUUGACUUCUAGACUGUAGGACCACAUUGGUUUCUAAGAGUCCUUGAUUUUUUAUUAUUAAAAUUUUAUCAAUACAUAAAUGUUUGGAAAAACAAUAAAUUGAUUAAAACAUUGUUAUUCCUAUUGUUUCCUGGAUUUAACAAUGAAGCAUGUGAUAAUUAAAUA